CAGUUUGAGAAAAUCUUCGUGAUCAACAUGCCCUCACGAUCCGACCUUCGAGAUUCUAUGGCCCUUGCAGCGGGCUUUUCAAACCUCACCGUGGAAUUUAUCGAUGGGGUACACUUGGACGAGGUCGACGAAAUGAUGUUGCCCGCAGAGCACCCAGACAUCGAACAGAUGCGAUCGAAGAAUUUGGGCAAUGUUGGAUCAUGGCGAGCUCAUAUGAAUGCGGUGCGAGCUAUCGUUGAACAGAAUCUUGGCUCAGCCCUCAUCCUCGAAGCCGAUGUUGAUUGGGAUAUCCGCAUACACGACCAAAUGUACGACUUUGCCAGAGCUGCACGACUACUCGUCCAACCGAACGAAGGAACCUCCACCUUCCUCGAUCCCACGUAUCCUCGCUCGCGAAAAGGCGACGAGCACCAAGACUUCGACAUCAAUCAAUACAAAGUCUCAACGCCGACGACCUCACCAUAUGGCGACAUCGAUCGAUGGGACAUGCACUGGCUCGGUCACUGCGGCAUGAACUUCCCAACGAGCAAGAACCCUAAAGUCAAAUUACCACUCGGCCGCGCCAUCAUCCCUCACGACAACACCACGGUCGCCCCGAAACACUUCCGAAAAGACUGGGGAGGAGCGGAGCUCAUCGACGAAUACCCACCUCACACUCGCGUCGUGACAAGAGCACGGAACAACGUCUGCACACUCGCAUACGCCUUGAGCCAACAAGGAGCUCGAAACGUGAUCUGGGAGCUCGGUCUCCGCAAAAUGAACUCGGCCUUCGAUCUCAUGUUAAGAGACGUCUGCGAUGGAACCGCCGAUCGGCCCAUGUCGAUAUGUUUGAGUCUGCAGCCACAGCUGUUCCAGCACCAUUUGCCAGUGGGAAAGACGAUGAGUAAUAUUCACAAUCACAUCGACUCGAAGUCACGGAAGAAGGCUGAGACGAGCAAUAUCCGUGUGAGUGUGAAGACGAAUUUGAGGAAUCUUGUGAGGGGGAAGUCCGGGGAUGAGUUGAUUGAUUCGUUCCCU